AUAAAAUCUAACUCUGGCAUAAUCAUAUUAAAAAAUAACGGUUAAUCUAUGUAAAGUUAACCCUAAUGUGUCACAUUUUAGUGUUAGGAUGCAAUAACUAAUAACCUAAAAAAUUCAAUAUGUUCAAGCACUUGAGCGCUGGUGAAUUAUUAUUUGAACACAGUCAAUACGCUAAACUGAAACCUAAGCCCAGAAAAGAAACAAAAUUUGUUUCGACCACUGAAGUUUUAGAUAUCAAGGAAAAGACCGAAUCUUACCUUAGUGAAACAUAUAGUUUUAUAAAAGCUAGUAGAGUGGAGAAAGUUGAGCAUCUUUCUGUGGCUGAAUGGUUACCAGAAGAAAAUGUAGCUGUGGUUACUCGUCAAGUUAGCAAGAUUUGGGCUACAAUUGGUACAAAAGUAUGCACUAAUAGAUCCAUUUGA